CUCCGACCGAUGCCUCUGCCCGGGCCCGCUUCUGGGUGAACCCUGUCCCCCUUUCCCCUUCCCCUCCCUCUCUCUCUCCGAGCAUGGAUCAUCCCCAGUGGUUGGUGACGCUUUACACGUUGGCGGUUCUCCUGGGUCUCCGGCUGGAGCAGGGCGCUUGCCAGCACUAUCUUCACAUCCGACCGGCCCCCAGCGACAAUUUGCCCCUGGUGGAUCUAAUCGAGCACCCGGACCCUAGCUUCGAUCCCAAGGAGAAGGACCUGAACGACACGCUGCUGAGGACCCUCCUGGGCACCCAUUUCGACCCGAGCUUCAUGGCAGUCUCCUUGGCCGAGGAUCGCCUUGGCGGGGACGACCUGGCCGAGCUGGACUUGCUGCUGCGGCAGAGACCGUCCGGGGCGAUGCCCAGCGAGAUCAAAGGCCUGGAGUUUUACGACGGGGGGCUGCAGGCGAGCAAGAAGCACCGGCUGAGCAAGAAGCUCCGUCGGAAGCUGCAGCUGUGGCUGUGGUCGCACACCUUCUGCCCCGUGCUCUACACGUGGAACGACCUCGGCAGCCGCUUCUGGCCACGCUACGUGAAGGUGGGCAGCUGCUUCAGCAAGAGGUCUUGCUCCGUCCCGGAGGGCAUGAUUUGCAAGCCGGCCAAGUCCGUGCAUCUGACCAUCUUGCGGUGGAGGUGCCAGCGCCGCGGGGGGCAGCGCUGCGCGUGGAUCCCCAUCCAGUACCCGAUCAUUUCCGAGUGCAAGUGUUCCUGCUAG